GUGUUUUUUUUGCUCUAAUUAUGAUGGCCUCUUUUUAAGCUUUAGGACAUUUGGUUCAGAGCUUGAGACAGACAUCCAGCCCUCAUCUUCCUACUACUAUUCCACUUGCUGUUUCUCUACUCUUCAAAAACCACCACUUUCACUCACAACCAUUCAUUCUUUGCUCUGAAACUCAGUGUUUGUGUUUGCUUUUUCUACCCUAAUCUGAACCCCCAGCCAAAACCACUUUCACUUCCACCAAAGCCUGCUUUUUCAUUUUCACCUGUGAUUUUAUCAAUCAUCCCUUCAAAAAGACUGCAUUUUGUUUAUGUUUCUUGAUUGCUCUGUGAUCUCAGCUUCUAGGUUUUCGACACCAUACAUAAAAGAGAGAUCUUUGGAGGUCCGCAACUGAUUGACAGCGAUUUACUUGGAGUUCUUGCAUCUUCUUUCUUCGACAAAGUUUGAUUCAACCAUGAAGGAAACCCUCAAGAAUCUUUGCUAUAGUUUUGGAUGGAGUUAUGGAGUUUUCUGGGGUUUUGAUCAGACAAAUUCAUUACUAUUGACAUUGAAAGAUUGCUACUAUGAAGAACAAGUGGAAACGCUGAUUGAUUCUAUGCUUCUGCAAGCACAUGUUGUGGGAGGAGGGAUAAUUGGCCAAACUGCAAUUGGAAAAAACCAUCUAUGGUUGGAUUCAGAUGCUUUUCAUGGAAGAAGAAAUAGUGUAUUAUCGUUUGAUAGUCAUGACAAUUCCCAGGAUGAUUCUGAGUUUUUUUGCCAAUUCUCUAUGGGGAUAAAGACUAUUGCUGUGAUCUCAGUGGAACCGUGGGGAGUUGUGGAGCUUGGAUCCACUCACAAGAAUCCUGAGAUGAAAAGUUUUGUAGAACAAGUGGAGCAAGUUUUCAGAGAAAUGGAUGGGAUUGAGGGUGUAGGAAAUGGGACUCAGUUAGAUAGCCAUUUCUUUGAUUCUAGUAAUAUGCUGUUUGAUUCAUCAUUGUCGAGUGGCAUUUUCCAUUCUGAGAAUUUGAUGGGAGCAGAUCUGCUCUUAGAGUCUGUCAAUUUCCUUGAUUUCUCUGAUUAUGGUGAUUGUUCAACUCUUACCACAUCCUUUCCCGAGCCAAUAGAUGAAGAAUCUUGCAAAGAUUCAAUCUCCAAUGCUCCUCUUAUCCUCUCAAGAGAUAUGUCUAACACCCAAGAUUCAUCUAUCAUAACUCCAACUGAGAAACUCUCUGGCUUACUAACUGUGGAGGAGUACUUCGGCUUGUAUUCUCCGCAUUCUAAUGCAUUAAUGAAGGGGUUGCGUUUGAGUGGAACAACUUCAACUUCUGUACCAACCAAUUCAUUACAAAGUUCAGUGACUAAUGCAUUGAGAUCAAGUGAUGAUGCUAAGUGUUCAAUGGGAGUCAAAGCUGUUAGGGAAAACCCGGUGGUUUGGACUGGAUCUGAUUGCAUCUCACAGAAUGUUAGGAGCAACUCCAACAGUUUGUUCUCCAAGUUAGGCCUUGACCAGCUUUUGGAGACUAGCAGCCCUUGUUCGUUUGAGGAUCAGUCUUCGUCUACUGCUAAGAGAAGAAGAACCGGCAACUUCUCAUGGAGCCAAAGCCAAGUUAAACAUGUUGGGGAAAUGAAAUCAUACAACCCUGAGCCAAAGAAUAGUCUAGUUAGUAAGGAGCCGCGUUCAUGUGUUGAUGAUAGUUGUUCAUUGGAUGUUAGAACGUCUAGGAGGCAUGAGGAACAAGUGAAACCCAAGAAAAAGAAGGCUAAACCGGGGAGCAAACCAAGGCCAAAAGAUCGACAGAUGAUCCAAGACCGGCUUGGAGAGUUGAGGGAGCUCAUUCCCAAUGGAGAGAAGAUGAGCAUUGAUCGUUUGUUGGAACGAACGAUCAUACACUUGAACUUCAUGCAGAGUCUCAACGGAUAUGCUGAAAGUCUAAAACAAAUUGCCAAGCCAAAGUGUAUGGAGGUCUGUCAAAAUAAAUCCAUCAAUGGUGGUGAUAGUGGAGUGACAUGGGCAUAUGAAGUUGGCAACGAUGCUAUGGUUUGUCCACUGAAAAUCGAGGACCUUAGCACGCCCGGCCAGAUGCUUAUAGAGAUCCUCUGCGAAGAACAGGGCUUCUUCUUGGAGAUUGUACAGAUUAUUCGAGGUUUUGGCUUGACUAUCUUGAAGGGGGAGAUGGAGGCUCUUGAGCAGAAGAAGAUAUGGGCUCAUUUCAUGGUGAAGGCUGAGGGUGCGCGUUUUGUUACACGUCAUGAGAUCUUUUCGUCCCUCAUUCAUCUCUUGCAGAUGACGGGACAGGGUGCAGCCAACAUGGACGAGGGGUAUGGCAAUGUCGGCGUCUCGGCCUUCAACAGUUUUCAACCUUAUGCUUCAUUUCCCCUCAGCUUUGGUGAUGCCCUUCAAUGUGCUAACUUGUGACAUGUCUCAUUGAGAGAUUAGUUUAGAGUUUGAUGAGUAAAAUUAAUAGAAAGGUUUGUAGUCUUAGAUGAAGUGUGAAAUUGACUGUUGGAGUAUAUACAAAUUCAUACUAUAGUGAAUUUGUUUUCUUUCUAGGAGAUGUGUGUGGUAUAGUAUAUGAAGGGGAAUUUGUUAAGAAAGAACAAUGCUUAAGUUCUCCAUAUAAAGUUUCUGUUUUAGAACUUU